AUGCCCAAGGCCCGGCGGGCGCGGGGCUCCGGCGCGGCCCCGGCGCUGCCCUUGGCCGAGCAGAUCCUGCAGGACGCGGCUCCGCGGGCGCGGGCGAAGCGCGGGGCCCCGGAGGAGCAGGACGGGGAUGGCGGCGGGGACGGGUUCGUGGACGCGCGGCUGUCCCGGCGCAUCCUGGAGCAGGCGCGGCGGCAGCAGGAGGAGCUGGAGGCCGAGCACGGCCCCGGAGCGCCCGCAGCCCCCCGGCAGCGCAGCGCGGUUCUCGGUCCCGGUUCGGACUCGGAGGAUGAUGAGGAAUGGCCCUCGCUGGAGAAGGCGGCGACGGCCGCGGGACGGGGCGGGGAUUACGGCGGGGAGGUGGAGGUGGACCCCGAGGACGAGAAAGCCAUCGAGAUGUUCAUGAACAAGAAUCCGCCGCUGAGGCGCACCCUGGCCGAUAUCAUUAUGGAGAAGAUCACGGAGAAGCAGACGGAGGUGGAGACGGCGCUGUCGGAGCUCUCAGGCUGCCCCAUGCCCCAGCUCGACCCCCGUGUCCUGGAGGUCUACAGGGGUGUCAGGGAGGUGCUGUCCAAGUACAGGAGUGGGAAGCUCCCCAAGGCGUUUAAAAUCAUUCCUGCCUUGUCCAAUUGGGAGCAGAUCCUCUACAUCACUGAGCCAGAGACGUGGACAGCUGCUGCCAUGUACCAGGCCACCAGGAUAUUUUCCUCCAACCUGAAGGAGAGGAUGGCCCAGCGGUUCUACAACCUGGUGCUGCUGCCGCGGAUCCGGGACGACAUUGCCGAGUACAAACGGCUCAACUUCCACCUGUACAUGGCUCUGAAGAAGGCUCUGUUCAAGCCAGCGGCCUGGUUCAAGGGGAUCCUCAUCCCGCUGUGUGAGUCCGGCACGUGCACGCUCAGGGAGGCCAUCAUCAUCGGCAGCAUCCUCAGCAAGUGCUCCAUCCCCGUCCUGCACUCCAGUGCGGCGCUGCUGAAGCUGGCUGAGAUGCAGUACAGCGGUGCCAACAGCAUCUUCCUGCGCCUGCUCAUCGACAAGAAGUACGCGCUGCCCUUCCGUGUGCUUGACGCUCUGGUCUUCCACUUCCUGGCCUUCCGCACGGACCAGCGGCUCCUGCCCGUGCUGUGGCACCAGAGCUUCCUGGCCUUGGCCCAGCGCUACAAGGAGGACCUGUCCUCGGAGCAGAAGGAGGCCCUGCUGGAGCUGCUCAAGUUCCACAGCCACCCGCAGAUCUCGCCGGAGAUCCGCCGCGAGCUGAUGAACUCCAAGACGAGGGACGUGGAAGGGGAGCAGCCAGUGGCCAUGGAAUGAGCAGGGAAAUGCUGGAGCCUGGCCUGCCCUCGGGACGCUGCUGGGAUCCUGGAUCAGGAGCAUCCUUCCUGGAUCACUCACUGGGAGCAGACUGUGCCCACAGAGCUGCACUGAGCACCCUGUGCAGCCCCUGUCCCACCCAGGAGCCCGGUGCCACCAGCACUGGGACACUUUGGCUUACCCCUGUACUCAGAAAUAAAACCAGAGCUGUG